GGAGCUCAGGGGACUCUGCUCCAGCUCAAGCUUAACAGCUUUCCCACUUCCCAGCUUCUCUUUCUUGCUCCGUCAAUACACCAGCACACAAAUCAAUCCUAGCAUCUACCAAGUUCCUCGGACUCUUCGUCGUUCCAAGUUCUCAAGUUCAUCGCAGCAGCAGCAAUGGUGCAAAAGAUCGUGAUCAAGGUGCACAUGUCGAGCGACAAGUGCCGGAGGAAGGCGAUGGCGCUGGCGGCGUCGACGGGCGGCGUGGUGUCGGUGGAGCUCGCCGGCGACGACAGGAGCAAGGUGGUGGUGGUGGGCGACGUGGACUCCAUCGGGCUGACGAACGCGCUGCGGCGGAAGGUGGACGGGUCGGCGGAGCUGGUGGAGGUGAGCGACGCCAGCAAGAAGAAGGAGGAGGAGGCGAAGAAGAAGGAGGAGAAGGAGGAGCUGGUGUACUACCACCAUGGCUACGGCUACUACCACCCCGGCGGCGUGUAUCACCACCACCCGGGCUACGGGCCUCACGGCUGCCCCUGCGGCUGCAACCCGAGCCCGGACAGCACCUGCUCCAUCAUGUAGAGGAGAGGAAAUGCAAUCAGGGCGGAAUCCAGAAUGAGUUUGGAGGGAGGCUCGUCUUUACGACCUCCCUUCUUCUUCUUCUCCAUCCCCCUAUCUUCUCUUCACGGAGAUUUAGGGGGACAGGGGAAUUGAAGAAGGGAAUGGAUGUCGAGCCUUCCAGCAUCUAUUCUGGAUCCGUACGUCCUGUUCAUACUUCACAGUAGCUGUACAGUACUAGCAUGAGUUUUGUGUAUAAAGAUUACGGUUUGUUUUGCUGAUCCCUCUACUAUGAAGUGGUGUUUUGUGUCUCAUGGUAUGAAGUGGGGUCGAGGAUGUGAGAUGAUUUGAGGUUUUGAACAAGGCGAUCUUGGUAUUUUCAAA